UCGCUGUUUCAUCCCCAACCGCAUCCAACGUUUCAUCCAUACGAUCGCAUCCCGCGUUGAUCGCAUCGACGCUAACAAACUCAUCGCGCAUCGGCGCAUCAGUCAGGUUCGACAAGAGUUUCCCAGUGGGUUGAGCGGUUAAUUGCCAUAAUCAGUGAGGGGUGACGGAAGAAAAAAGCAUGGACGGCCUCUUUGGAAGUGACGAAUCAAGAGGAGCGUCAAGCCCAGGCUCCCGCAGCUUGUCGCCUGCAUCAAGCGACCGGUCGCAGACGCCCGCGACGCCGCAGCACACGGACGGCGAGCGAAGCGACCACUCGGACAACGAGGAGCACGUGGCUGAGGACGAUGGCAACGACGAUCGCUCUGAGAAGAGCUAUCAGUCGUCGCCAGCACGGAGCGUGGCCAGCGGAGCGAGCAGCCGGGCCCGCAGCGGAGGCGGCUCCGGCGAUGAGUCGGGCGAUGACCGACAGCAGCGGGACUCCGACGACGAGAACGGCGGGGCCCAGUCGGCCGAUGACCGGCAGGGAGAUAAUGACGACGGCGGUGACAAUGCACAGGCGUCUGACAACGAAUCCCGGCACUUUGACGACCAGUCAGGUGACGAGGAAGACGGUGGCACGGCCCGGACGCCCGCGCGGUCAGAGCGGCGGAGCGACGGGUCCGACAAUGACGGCUCCGGCAGCGAGGUCCACCGGUCCGACGAAGAGGACAACCGGUCGGAGGACGGCCGCGAGAGUGGGGCCGAACGGUCCGACGCAGAGGCGUCGGGGGACGAGGAGGCCGUAGCCAGUCCCGACGAGCGCUCCGUGCACUCUGCGCACUCCGCACGCUCUGCGGACGGGGCCGACGACCGCAGGGAAGGCUCGCCAGGAUCUGGUUCGGAGUCCGAGGGCCAGGCAUCCGAGGGCCAGGCAUCCGAGGGCCAGGCAUCCGAGGGCCAGGCUUCUGAGGGCCAGGCUUCUGAGGGCCAGGCCUCUGAGGGCCAGGCGUCCCGCAAGAGGAGCAGGUCCGAAGGCAGCGAGGCCCCGUCCGAAGGGUCUGACGCGGAGGAGGCGAGCGGCCGCAAGAAGGCUCGCGUCUCCGGCGGGGAGGAGGACGAAGAGGGUGGGCCGGACGUGGAAGCCCUGUUUGGCGAGGACCUGGGGGACCUCAGCUCGGACGAGGAGGGCAGCCCCCGGAAGCGGGCGGCCCGCGUUCUGGACGACGACGACUCGGACCACGAAGCGGAGCAGAAAGAGGAGGAGGACGGCACCGACCGCGUACGCAGGAUGGGCGACGACGAAGAAGAGGACGGGGCACGCAAGGACGCGGAGGACGCUCCACGGGGUGAAGAGGAGGAGGAGGAGGUGCCGGUGCCAGAGACGCGCAUUGACGUGGAGAUUCCCCGCAUCGUGACCAACCUGGGCAGCGAGGUGCACUUUGUCAAGCUGCCAAACUUCCUGAGUGUCGACACACGGCCGUACGACCCGCAGUGGUACGAGGACGAAGUGGACGAAGACGAGGUCUUGGACGAGGAAGGACGGGCACGGCUCAAGCUGAAGGUGGAGAACACCGUGCGCUGGCGCUACAUCUACGACAAGCUGGGCAAUCCCGUACGGCAGAGCAACGCACGGAUCAUUAAAUGGUCGGACGGGAGCAUGUCGCUGCACCUGGGCUCGGAGAUCUUCGACGUGCACAAGCAGUCGCUGAUGCAGGGCGACCACAACCACCUGUUCAUCCGCCAGGGCACCGGCCUGCAGGGUCAGGCCGUCUUCCGCACCAAGCUCAGCUUCAGGCCCCACUCGACGGACAGCUUCACCCAUCGCAAGAUGACCCUGUCCCUGGCUGGGCGCAGCCAAAAGACCCAGAAGAUCCGGGUGCUGCCACAGGUGGGCAAGGACCCCGAGGCGCACCGGAGCGAGAUGAUCAAGCGGGAGGAGGACCGGUUGCGGGCGUCCAUCCGGCGGGAGAGCAAGCAGCGGCGCAUCCGGGAGAAGGCCCACUCGCGGGGCUUGAGCUCUUCGUACCUGGAGCCCGACGAGGACGACGCCGCCAUCUCCCUGUCCGCCAUCAAGAACAAGUACCGCAGGGGUGGCCCCGCUCUCAAGGAGCGACCAUCCGUCUACUCGUCGGACGACGAGGUGUCCAACCCGGACGACGGCCGUGCCCGCCGCCUGGAGAAGGCCAAGGGCAACGCAAUGGAGGACGACGACGACAGUGACCUGGACUACUUUGACAAAAAGGCCGAGAGCAAGAAGACCAAGAAGGCCAUUGAAGAAAGCGACGAAGACGAUGACUGAGCAGACCGGCGAGUACGCCGCAACGUCUCUUGUAUAUAAAAGUGCGACGAAGGAGGCCACAGUCCACAUGUACAUACUUCACUUAAUAAAAAGCAGUUUAUUACUCUUUA